UGAUGGUCAGUGGGAAGAAUGCCCCUUACAUUGGGGGUCAGUGUGAAGAAUGUCCCUUACAUUGGGGGUCAUUGGGAAGAAUGUCCCUUACAUUGGGGGUCAGUGUGAAGAAUGUCCUUUACAUUGGUGGUCAGUGGGAAGAAUGUUCCUUAAAUUGGGGGUCAGUGGGAAGAAUGUCCCUUACAUUGGGGGUCAGUGGGAAGAAUGUCCCUUACAUUGGUGGUCAGUGGGAAGAAUGUCCCUUACAAUGGUGAUCAGUGGGAAGAAUGUCCCUUACAAUGGGGGUCAGUGGGAAGAAUGUCCCUUACAUUGGUGGUCAGUGGGAAGAAUGUCCCUUACAUUGGGGGUCAGUGGGAAGAAUGUCCCUUACAUUGGUGAUCAGUGGGAAGAAUGUCCCUUACAUUGGUGAUCAGUGGGAAGAAUGCCCCUUACAUUGGGGGUCAGUGGGAAGAAUGUCCCUUACAUUGGGGGUCAGUGGGAAGAAUGUCCCUUACAUUGGUGAUCAGUGGGAAAAAUGUCCCUUACAUUGGGGGUCAGUGGGAAGAAUGUCCCUUACAAUGGGGGUCAGUGGGAAGAAUGUCCCUUACAUUGGUGGUCAGUGGGAAGAAUGUCACUUACAGAUAGCUAAAAAGAUCAAUGGUGUC